CACCCAGCCCUGGUACACUGUUGUGUAUAAAUAUUAAUGCAAUGUAUAAUUUUAUUCAUAGCCAUUUCUACGUGGAUAGCAAACAACAAAUUAAUUAAUAUACCAUUUUCUGCUGAUGACAUUUUUCUUUAGCUUAAAUGUUACACGGUGGUAUACUAAAAUGGCAGACAGACUUACACAGUUGCAAGACACAGUUAAUCAGCAAGCGGAGCACUUCUGCAAUGCGAUUGGUGUGAUUCAGCAAACAUCUUUUCCAAGUAAAUUUGCAAAUUUUGAUCGAAUAGGAUCCCAAACGCCAAACACUUGUCACCCUCAAGAGGACUAUGCCCAGCUAUUCGCACAAUUGAUUGCACGAUGUGCCAAGGAUAUUGACACAUUAAUAGAGUCAUUACCAAAUGAAGAUAGUUCCAUUGAACUACAAAAUUCCAGCCUAAAGAGGCUUGAGAUCGAAAAUCAAGAAACUGCACAUGAACUUGAGCAAGUAGUACAAAAGGGCGAGAUUUUGCUAGAAAAAAUGCAGUCUGCUUUGGAAAAUAUAGCUCAAGCUCAAUUGGAUAUGCAAAUAACACUUAAAACUAAUUUGCAAUAAGCGAUAAAUAAAAUAAAUAUAUUAUUCAACAUU